AUUUCAGUGUGUGCGGCGGCGCUGAGGGAGGUGGAAACGGGGAAGGAGGUGGAGGUCACGGCGCAGGGGGAGUGGCUCUCAGUAACAGACAUUUCACUCUCAGCUCAGUGAGUGUAUCACUUCCUCUGUGUGUAGUAUUCGGGGAGGUUUCUCUCUCUCUUUGAGAGUUUUACAGGACGGGUUGUCUCAUAUCCGCCCGCCUAGGCUUUCGCCAUGUCACCCGCUCAGGAGUUCAGGUAGGGGAGCACCGGGGCUUUCCCCCCUCCCCACCAAGGCGUCAGCUGGAGCCGGCAGCGCCAUCUGUGACAGCGGCCUGUAUCAUCCCCGAGUUGGGAUUGAAGAGGGGCCGGGCCUUGGUGGCACCUUCGUGGCGAACGGGACUUACACCGGCAACAGGCCCACUUUUGAGAUUCUUGGUAUUGGAGUGAGCAAGUGGACGUGGAAGCUACGGGAUGCGUGUGCUGCGCGAUCACUGACAAGUGGCACAUUAACUCCCUAUCCAUAUUGGGCAUCAGCAAUCUAGAGAGGGGAAAAGGAAGCAGAGGAUUCAGCAGAGGCGGCCGCCUCCCCCUCACACUCUCCCUGAGGGAUUGGUGCUGGCUUGACUCUUCCAAGAUGUCCAAAAUGCCUGCUAAGAAGAAAAGCUGUUUCCAGAUAACCAGUGUCACCACGGCCCAGGCGGCAAGCAGUAUCACGGAGGAUACGGAGAGCCUGGACGAUCCAGACGAAUCACGAACGGAGGAUGUUUCUUCUGAAAUAUUCGAUGUGUCAAGGGCUACGGACUAUGGCCCCGAGGACGUGGUGGAGAGAAGCUCGUCUGAGGAGACCUUGAAUAACGUUGGGGAAGCGGAGACACCGGGGACCAUGUCACCUAAUGUGGCAGUAGAAGGGUUAGGGUCUGUCGGACAAGUAAUGGGAGCUAACGGAGGAGCUGUGAUAAGAAGUCAGCCGGUUUCCUCAAUCCCUGCGACCCAGCCCCCUGCAUGCUCUCAGACCCCCUGUGCUACCCCCACCAGUGUGGCUUCUGUCACAACGCAGCCUGCCACCACCAGCACGACCGCUUGUAGCUCACGUUUCAGGGUAAUCAAGUUGGAUCACAGCUCCGGGGAGCCCUAUAGGAGGGGGCGCUGGACAUGCACGGAGUUUUAUGACAGGGACUCAGACAGCAGUCUGAUUAAUAGGACUGGGGAUACAAUCAGGCACACGAGUAACUUUGAACAUUCUGCGGACAGCGGUUUGGGCGCCACAGGGGGCUCAGUGGUGGUGUCUGCGGUGCACGUAGGACAUGGUACUGAAUCUGUUUCUGACAGUUCUCUUACUGCUGUGUCACAGUUGCUUCAGACCGAGAAGACGAACCAGCCCUCCCCGCAGCAGCAUUUUGUUAUUGGGCAGCAACCCAUAGGUGGAGCAGUAUCACAGGUUGCUGCUCAACCAAUGUAUACUGGUGCUGCAGUUACUAGUCAGCAGAUGAUGGUGCAGCAAAGCCAGUCUCAUGUAACUGCACACAAUAUUGCACAAAGUGGACAUAAUGGCAAAUGCACAGCACUUCCGAAUGUAUCCAUAGUUCAGUCAAAUAUGUCUGUGAGUCAGCCUCAACAAUUCACAUACUCCCAGGGCCAACAACAGGGACAUAUAAUACCCACACAGACAUCUGGCCAGACUGAAUACUUACAACACCUUACUGUUAUACAAUCACAAGGAACAGCCCCUCCAAGUUCUGUUAUUUCAAGUACUGGGCCACAAUCUAGUCUUCCUGGCCAGCAUCUGCAAACUGGUGGAGUACAAAUGAUGGGUUUACUUUCUAAAGUAAAUGACUCUGUGAGCCAAGGGCUAAUACAGAGUGGCCAAACAGGCCAGAGCCAAGCAAUGCAUAUGCAGCAACCAGGAGGUGUGGCACAGCCUAAUGUGCCAACAAUUGGAGUUGUGCAACAUACAUCUUUAAAUCAACAGCAAGUCAGUGUGAGUAGUCAUAUGUCAGGCAUUCCAGGGGGACAACAUACUUUGGCUGCUGGGGUGCAAAAUGUCCCUGGUACUGGAAUGCCAAGUAGUGUGCCUAGUGUGUCUGCAAAUUCUGUUACUAUGCCAAUAGCUCCUAAUACUUUUGUGCAAUCCCAAAUGAGUAGCCAUACAACUGUAAGUAGGAGCAAUAGCCUAAUUCCACCUGUUGGGCUUCCAACAAUGCAAGGUACAGCAAAUGUACAUACAAGUCUGCCACAGUCAAACAUUAAUCAAUUUCAGAACCAGACCCAGCCAUUGGUUGGUCAUAUUGAUGAUAGAAGAAAAUCAGAACCCCUACCUCAGCCACCAGUUUCCUUGAUUUCUGAGAAGUCUUUUGUGAAAGCUCCUAUCACGGAUACUCUAACAAACCCUCUCCACUUACCUGUGUUUGGUUUACCUAUUCCAGUUGAUGGUGAUGAUGACAGGAAUCCUUCAUCUGCUUUCUAUGAAGCAUUUCAAGUGAAGUUCCGUGGGUCAAAGAAACUUUAUGAUAGUUCAUCAAGUGCAAAUGUCGUAGCCAUCGACAACAAAAUAGAACAGGCAAUGGACCUGGUAAAAAGCCAUUUGAUGUAUGCUGUGAGAGAAGAAGUGGAAGUCCUAAAGGAACAAAUAAAGGAAUUAAUUGAAAAAAACUCUACGCUUGAACGCGAGAAUGCACUGUUAAAAUCUCUUUCCAACAGUGAUCAGUUGUCUCAACUUUCAACCCAAGUUAGUCUAAGUACUUGCCAGCAGCAGCAACAGCCUCCUGUGACUACUGCUACCCUCACUGCUUCACAGACAGCACUACCCCCGCAACAACCGAAUGUCUCCUCAGCAUAAAGAAUAGGCACUGCUUUCUGGCUUUGUUCCGCAAAAAAAGAAAAACAAAAAAAGAAAUCAAUCUGUCCUUGUGUGCCACUGCUGUUUUUCACUUCAAAAACUGUAAAAAAAAAAAAAAAAAAAAAAAAAGACAAAAAAAAUCAACAAACCGAAAAUGAGAAAAAAAAUGAAAGCAAAUAGCCAUGCUUCAUUUGUGUGUUUGGCCUUUUCAGUAUUAGACAAUCAUUCUCCCAGACCUCUCUCAAUGCGAGAGAGGAGUGAUACCUAUUGCAUUGUGCGCAGUGGUUUCGUCUAUAUGUUAGAUACUGACCACUUACAUUGAAGAUGUUAACCUGUUGAGUAUCAGGGGAUUUACAGCACAAAACUCUUCUGUUACUUGAGUAGGUUAAAGCAGCAUUUUGUGUUUUGAAAAAUCUUUUUUCAUCAUAAAUAUGAUGCUUAUCAGAAUAUCAUUUAAUUGCAUGAUAUAUGUAUGUUGUAUUAGGUUAUUGCCUAAUCAUACUGUUUAAUAUUGUACUUAUUAAUAAAUACAGAUGUGAUCGCAUGCAAAAAUAUUCCAAUUUUGAGUGUUUCAUCUGCUUUAGCCCACUUGUAUUAAAGGGUUCUGGCUCUGAUUGAAGGCUUAAAUUAGAAUUUGCAGCUUAAGUUCUACUGCUCAUCUGUAGUUUUUUCUUUUCCAGUUGCCUGAAUCUGAAGCAUACAGAGUGUUCUUUGUUAAUCAUUUAUGUAUGCUUCAAAGCUGCUUGUUGUAGUAGAGUUUGCAGGCAGCUGUGGCCGAAUCACCAUAUUGGCUAUCUUAAGUAAUAUACCAGCCGGCCACUUUCUAUAUAUACGUUCCUCUAACAAUGAUGAUACAAUAUUUUUGUAUGCUAUACAAUUGCUAUUGAAUAGCUUUUUAGUACUUUUCCUCCAAAUUGAAUUAUGAAAGACAAAAGGCUUUUAAAGCUAAAUAGGCCUUUCUGCUUCCUCAGACAGCACAGUGGGUUGUUUAAAGUGUAUUUGGAACUUGAUCACUAGCACGUAUAAGUCUUUUACUUAAUACCACCCCUCCCAUUUAUAGUCUUUAACAUAAAAUGCUGCUUUAAACUAGGAACAUCUGCUCUUUAGCACAGAGCAAAAGGUUCUGAUCUUGUGGUGGCUCUCCCAAGGUUAUGUCACCCUUGGAUACUCUGAGCCAUGUUAUGUCAGUACUAGGUAAAAACUAUUCAUUGUAUUUGAGAGCCACCGUACUUAAAGUAUAAAUAACAUUUGCCUCUUAGUUUCAUUUAUAGUUGUUUUUAUUUAUUACAGGGCUGCUAUUUUCAUGUGUAUGAACAAUGUCACAAAGUUUCUUUAUUUUUUUUAUUUUUUUUCUUGAAAAUAAAUGUAAGUAUCGCUAAAUAAGACAAAAUAGACAGGAUUUCAUUUAGUAGGUUAAAUGUUUAGGCAAUAACUGUGCAAACCUAUCCUGGCAUAUAAUCUAACACUAACCGCUGUUUUACUUUUGGUAUUUAUUUUUUAAAAUAGUUAAGACCCAGUCUGAAUGUAAAUUUUGUAAACAGUGUAAGUAUGCAACCAUAAUGCACCUGUACAGCAAAGCAACAGUUCUGAUUCUAAAAUAAAUGAUAGAUUAGCUAUUUUGAUGAAGAAAACUUUGUUCUUUUCUUUGCGACUGUAAGAGAGAAAGUUUGCCAUGAUUCUAUGCUUUUUAGACAUUUUAUGUUAUAAUUUUUUUAGGGUGGGAUGUAAAAGAAAACUGUGAAAUUGUUCAACCUACUUUGUAACCAAAGAAGCAAAGCUGUGUAAUUUUUUUUUUUUUAUUCUGUUAUGCACAUUUUCUGUAUUUUUAUUUAGUGUUCUCUCAUUCACAUUUUCUUUUUGCUGUUUAGCAUGAUCUGCAUGAUUUAUAGUCUCUGAACCACUUUGGUACCUCAUGUUUUUUUUGUCCAGCACUCUUAUUGUAAUAUGUAAUCUGUGAACUACGUCAAAUAAACGGAGCAAACAGCUGGUGUUGGUGGAGAUAAACUAGUGUAAAAAAAUAAAUAUAUAUAUAUAUACACUAGUUACAACACACACAAAAGCAAACAAAAUGAAGUGAGCCAUCCUUUGUUCAUUACAUGGUGUUAUGAAUUUCGUAUGCAGAAAAGUUUUUUGUUACAUUGCAGAUUUUAAUGUAUUUAAUAAAUGCAACAUGCAGAUUAAGUACAGUGUAUAACGAGUAUUUAAAUUAAAAAAAUGUACAUUUCAUAAAUAGAUUUGCGAGAGAAUCAUUUUGUGUAUACUAACACAAGUCUGUUAGAACUUAUUGUAAAGAUUAUAUAUAUAUAUUUUAACACCUUUUCUGAAAUUAAAUUCCCAUUUUGUUGAA